AUGGCAGAUUCGAUUACCAACGAGAGCAGGUCUGUGUCUCGGGGACGUGAAUCAUUUCAAUCUUCGGGUAGAGGUGGUAUAGGCAACAUUCGGCGUUCCUCCAUCUCAAGCGAUCCUCGUCCCGUCGAUAGUUCUAGUGAUUCUGAUUCGGCUCGUGGGCGGGAGCAAGCUGUACACCCUGACAGGUUGUUCUCGGUGGGCAGGGGUGGAGCUGGUAACAUGCGUUCCCCUUCUCAGGAAGUGGGAGCAGACCACCCUCAAACUGUGACUAUCCUCAACGAGCACGCUGCGGUCCAGGCAGAAUAUGAACAGCAAGUCAAGAAGCACCACGCUGAAUCCAACCCGAUUCAUUCAUCUGGAAGGGGUGGCAUUGGCAACAUAUCAGGUUCCCGCUCUCGUUCUCGUGGUCCAACAGUUCAUUCUACGGGACGAGGUGGAGCAGGGAACAUUCAAUAUGGAGCUGCCGCCAGCGUUGACACUACGGACGAAGAAGAAAGAAAGAAGCAUGCUCAUACUCAAGCGAGACACUCGACUGGCAGAGGCGGAGCUGCAAACCUUACAAAUGUCCAUUCACCUGAUAUUGAGCGUGUAGUCCAUCGUCACGGCGAAUUCGAAUCCUCUGGACGCGGCGGGGUUGGAAACAUACGCUCCCGCUCCGCGUCGCGCGACCCAAGUGGACGGGCUCCUUCCCGCGAUACCAAAGAGAAACAUGGAAUCGCCGCUCUCUGGAGCAAGGUAUCCCACCCAUCCAACCCCGGCUCUGGGGAUCCUGGGUCCCGGGAAGAGUGA